UCUGUGUCUGCCUAUCGUGACUAUUUCUGUACGGUCUAUCGAGACCUGUCCGUGUCCGGCUAUCAUGGCUAUUUUUCUGUAUGGUCUAUCAAGGCCUGUCCCAUGUCUGCCUAUUGUGGCUAUCUGUGUCUGGCCUAUCGUGGCUAUUUCUGUACGGUCUAUCGAGACCUGUCCGUGUCCGGCUAUCAUGGCUAUUUUUCUGUAUGGUCUAUCAAGGCCUGUCCCAUGUCUGCCUAUUGUGGCUGUCUGUGUCUGCCUAUCGUGGCUAUUUCUGUACGGUCUAUCGAGACCUGUCCGUGUCCGGCUAUCAUGGCUAUUUUCUGUAUGGUCUAUCAAGGCCUGUCCCAUGUCUGCCUAUUGUGGCUAUCUGUGUCUGGCCUAUCCUGGCUAUUUCUGUACGGUCUAUCGAGGCCUAUCUGUGUCUGGCUAUAAUGGCUAUUUCUGUACGGCCUAUCGAGGCCUGUCCGUGUCUGCCUAUCGUGGCUGUCUGUGUCUGGCCUAUCGUGGCUAUUUCUGUACGGCCUAUCAAGGCCUGUCCGUGUCCGGCCAUCAUGGCUAUUUUUCUGUAUGGUCUAUUGAGGCCUGUCCUGUGUCUGCCUAUUGUGGCUAUUUCUGUACGGCCUAUUGAGGCCUGUCUGCGUCUGCCAUUGUGGCUGUCUGCGUCUGGCCUAUCGUGGCUAUUUAUGUACGGCCUAUCGAGGUCUGUCUGCGUCUGCCUAUCGUGGCUAAUCAUGGUCUAUCGAGGCCUGUCUUGCGUCUGCCUAUCGUGGCUGUCUGCGUCUGGCCUAUUGUGGCUAUUUAUGUACGGUCUAUCGAGGCCUGUCUGUGUUGGCUAUCAUGGCUAUUUCUGUACGGUCUAUCGAGGCCUGUCCGUGUCCGCCUAUCGUGGCUGUCUGCGUCUGGCCUAUUGUGGCUAUUUCCGUUGGUCUAUCGAGGCCUGUCCGUGUCUGGCUAUCAUGGCUAUUUUUCUGUAUGGUCUAUCAAGGCCUAUCUGUGUCUGGCCAUCAUGGCUAUUUCUGUACGGUCUAUCAAGGCCUGUCUGCGUCUGCCUACUGUGGCUGUCUGUGUCUGGCCUAUCGUGGCUAUUUAUGUAUGGUCUAUCGAGGCCUGUCUGUGUCUGGCUAUCAUGGCUAUUUUUCUGUACGGUCUAUCGAGGCUGUCUGUGUUCUGCCUAUCAUGGCUAUUCUGUAUGGUCUAUCGAGGCCUGUCUGCGUCUGCCUAUCGUGGCUGUCUGCGUCUGGCCUAUCGUGGCUAUUUCUGUUGGUCUAUUGAGGCCUGUCUGUGUCUGCCUAUCGUGGCUGUCUGCGUGAGGCCUAUCGUGGCUAUUUAUGUUGGUCUAUCGGGGCCUGUCUGUGUCUGCCUAUCGUGGCUGUCUGCGUCUGGCCUAUCGUGGCUAUUUAUGUACGGUCUAUUGGGGCCUGUCUGUGUCUGCCUAUCGUGGCUGUCUGCGUCUGGCCUAUCGGGCUAUUUAUGUUCGGCCAAUUGGGGCCUGUCCGCGUUUGCCUAUCGUGGCUGUCUGCGUCUGGCCUAUCGUGGCUAUUUCUGUUGGUCUAUCGAGGCCUGUCUGUGUCUGCCUAUCGUGGCUAUUUCUGUUGGUCUAUCGAGGCCUGUCUGUGUCUGCCUAUCGUGGCUAUUUCUGUUGGUCUAUCGAGGCCUGUCUGUGUCUGCCUAUCGUGGCAUUUCUGUUGGUCUAUCGAGGCCUGUCUGUGUCUGCCUAUCGUGGCUAUUUCUGUUGGUCUAUCGAGGCCUGUCUGUGUCUGCCUAUCGUGGCUAUUUCUGUUGGUCUAUCGAGGCCUGUCUGUGUCUGCCUAUCAUGGCUGUUUCUGUUGGUCUAUCGAGGCCUGUCUGUGUCUGCCUAUCAUGGCUGUUUCUGUUGGUCUAUUGAGGCCUGUCUUUGUCUGCCUAUCGUGGCUAUUUCUGUUGGUCUAACGAGGCCUGUCCGUGCCUGCCUAUCGUGGCUGUCUGUGUCCUGCCUAUCGUUGCUGUCUGUGUCUGGCCUAUUUCUGUAAAACUUAAGAAGUUUAAUCUAACGUCAUUAUACUGGUCAUGCUAACUCUCUUUCUAUUUCUUCCAGGAACCUUAGGAUUCACAACUGGUGGGUAUACUUCAUCUACUUUUUUUUGGGGGGAAGGCUGGCCCCGUCUGGAGGUCUCAUAAUCCACCUAAUUUUGGGGGUCUGCUGCGCCCCUGCCUUCGUCUUCAGGCAGGAAAUGCAGAUUCGCUACCCUCGGAUUACGAACCAUGGACGGGGCCUUCCGCCAAAAAAAUUUAUAAUUGUGCUCGCUGAGCUGUCAAUAAAUGUAUGCUUCGUACAUUCCUCUAUCUCCCGAGUCUUUCUGGUAGAAAUGGAAGCUUUAGCCUAAGUUCUGCCAGGAAGACUCAAUCACUUCGUCACUAAUUACCUUCAUCAUUAUCCAAUCACGUCUUUAUACUCCUGUAUAAAAGAUCGUACUUACACAUGUUUGAGUUCGCAGAUGCCAACGCGACAACAACCUCCACCCUCCCCACCACCACCAGGAUGGUCCUGUCCUUACCUUCCAGGGGGGGGUCUGCUGCGCCCCUGCCUUCGUCUUCAGGCAGGAAAUGCAGAUUCGCUACCCUCGGAUUACGAACCAUGGACGGGGCCUUCCGCCAAAGAAAUUUAUAAUUGUGCUCGCUGAGCUGUCAAUAAAUGUAUGCUUCGUACAUUCCUCUA